GAAGUUUUACACCGCCAAAGUGACGGCCAACCACACCAGAAUCGAACCCAGAAUGACCGAACGAGUCAUGAUCUCGCUUUGAGCUCAGUCGCACGGAAAUGGCGAAUCGCCUCGCGAGAACAUUCAAUUCGUCAGGACUCUCAAGCGUAUCUUCUUUGAUGGAGAGAUUAUCGGCUGGUAAUCGGUCUCUGGCGGUGAUCUUGGCGGGCCAUGGCUCACCCAGGCGCAAGUAUGCCUCUUCGUCAUCGUCCUCGACUUCGAAGCCCCAGGAAAAGAUAAAGGCAACAGAUCGAUUGUCGGCUGUAACAGAUGCGGCUAACGACCGGAAACUCCCUCCUGAGCUCCGCGGCCAACGCAACAAUAUCAGAUCGGAAACAGAUAUAAUCAAUGUUGUUGAGCACAGAAUAUGGCAGUCGAUGGAGGAAGGCCAUUUCGAGAACUUACCAGGGAAAGGCAAACCUCUUGACCUCAGCACUAACCCUCAUGCCGAUCCAGCUGAAGAUACCUUGUAUAGAAUCCUCUCAAAGAAUGGGUGUGCACCAGAGUGGGUUGAACUCAAUAAAGAAAUAAGGAAUAAUAUUGCUGAAUGGCGAUUAGCCUUGAAGAGAGCAUGGUGUAACAAAUGCAGUGGGGAGAAUUCCCAAUGGAUUGAGAGUUCAGAGGCUUUAAAAGUGCAAUUACGUGAUAUCAAUAACAAGGUUUUCCGGUACAACCUUAUUGUUCCUUUUGGCCGCCAAAUGUUUGGAUUGAAAUGGGAGAAAGAAGUAGACGGUCUGGUAGAAUGAUUGAUUACCCUCCUCUCAUUUCCAUACCAGUGGCACAGCAUAUACAAGCGUAUAAGUUUCUCUGGCUAAUGCCUGUGCAGGCUUAGUGGUUGUUUCGAGUCUUUUGUCUCCAAUUAAUGUGGAGUAUUGAUGUUAAGUGAUCCUAUAUAUGUAUUUAUAAUCUCUCACAUGAAUGGAUUUAGGGGUAAAAUGGGGGAUCCCAAAAUAUUUUAGGGUACGUAGCAUCACUCUUUCUGUUACUAAUUUUGACCUUUUAUAGUGUAUUCUAGUUGCACGAAGAUUUGUAGGAAUAAACCUUGUUACUAUUUUUAAAUAAACGCAUAUACAAGUCAA